AUGUCACCCCCUUCAACCAAAGCAAUUAUUCUGAUCUCCGGCAAUGGUUCUAAUCUUCAAGCACUCAUCGACGCUUCCUUGACUGCUUUACCGUAUUUGAAUAUAAUUCGAGUAAUUUCAAACCGAAAGACUGCGUAUGGACUUACUCGUGCACAAAAAGCUUCGAUACCAACUACAUAUCACAAUUUGUUGGCUGGAAAGUAUCACACAAAGGAUGAGAAGGACCCCGCAAUCAUACAAGCUGCACGAGAAAAGUAUGAUACAGAUCUCGCAGAUCUCGUGAUUGCAGAGCAGCCUGAUAUCAUCAUCUGUGCAGGCUGGAUGCAUAUCCUCGCACCAACAUUUAUUGAUCCCUUGGCUGCAAAAAAUAUUCCCAUCAUAAAUCUUCAUCCAGCGCUUCCAGGAAAAUAUGAUGGUGCGAAUGCGAUUAAGCGGGCAUACGCGGAUUUCCAACAGGGCAAGUUGGAGCAUGACAGAACGGGCAUGAUGAUUCAUUAUGUCAUCAGCGAGGUUGAUAGAGGAACACCAAUACUGGUGAGAGAGAUAGAUUGCAAGAGCUCCGAGACCUUGGACGAAUUGGAAGUGAGAAUGCAUGAAGUGGAGCACCAACUUAUUGUUGAGGGAACGGCAUUGGCGAUAAUAGAGCUUUGGGCUCAAAGGAGUAAUGUAAUGCUUCCACUAGGAGUUCUUGAAUUCCAUUGA